ACCCGCAAAUACGCCAGGCACUCGCCAAGUCCAAAUUAUGUCAGGGGGGGGGGGAUCCUUCCAGCUGGAGAAUCGAACUUUCAUGUCGCACACGACGAGAGUGAACCAGAACCCGUAACCGCUUAUGUUCCAGUCCAGCGACCACGAUGGGGCAAUCAAGGGUCUCUCUUCAAAUCGCUCGCAUCACAGCAGAUAGUGGGUUCAGGUCAUUCGCACCCAUGACAAUAUUUGGUUAAAAGCUACUGCAGAUACCGGUAAAGUACUCUCCAUGCAAAGGUGGGCUGCAUUACUAUAUGCGCGGUUGUAUACGGUAGUUGGGGCGUGAGCCCUCGCAUCCUCACACCAUACUGCAGUAAAAAUGAUUGAAUCUCACAGCACGAUCAAGGCAACGGUGUUCUAGCGCCUUGCCUCUCUCGCCUGUCGUGGAUCCCGAUCCACUGCCUGCUCAAGGUGGACAGACCAUGCAUUGACCAACAUAUUGCCAGCCCUAGAUUCCAAUACAGCACGGUAAUCGGUCCCAUGAGCCGCACCACAACGGUGGCGGCGGAUUCAACCCGACACGCGCCCUCCCAAACGAGGGAAAAAACAAAGAAGGGACGGCGUCCCUGCAAACUUCCCGGAAACGUCCAGUCCAAGCGGAAGGCCAAAAUCAAACCCUAGCCAGCAACGGCGCUUGAGGGAGCACAGCACAGCAAAGGCAGAGAGACAUGAAACCUGCGAUGCUUACACCGGUGCAGUACCGUAGCCUGCCAGUGCAGUGCCGGUAUGAGCGCUCCAACAAAUCCUCAGCUACUUACUGUGUAUAAUUUUGCACCACAACAUGCAUCCAUCCGAGAGGUUUGGAUUCUAAUUACCGGUAGCCCAGAGAAUAGAUCCCACAAAGGCGUCCGGUGCAGUGCUGGUACAGCGCUCUCAGCAGGUUAGGCAGGAACACUUUCCUUGCCUAUGGCGCUCGCGCUUUUUUCUGCAGGUCUUGUAAACCGAGCUGUGUCACCUGUAAAAUGAGAAGAUCGAUGACUCUUGCGCUGCAUUGCGUUGGACAUUAACUUAUGAUAUGCAGAAUUCUCAUGGAAUACAAGCAUAGAAGCACAGGCUUUAAAUAGAGACCCACCCUCUGUCGAAUAGGUACCGGUACCGAGCUUUCUUCAAAAGCAAUGCCCUGUUUGAAUAGUUGAGGCAUUGUGCUACUAGUAUACCGGUAGUGCUAUUUUAUGAUACCACCGUGCUGCGGCCAAAAUGCGUGUGAAGUGUGAAAAGAGUGGCACAGGUACCGGUACUGUGGGAUGCUUGGAUCUCGUUGUGGCACUCCUUUAUUUGUACCCGGAUGGAAUCACCCCCUAAAUCCGUCACUAUGAUUACAUUCUCAUUCCGUACCGGUACUGUGCUCGUACCGUACUCAGCUGCCGGUGCUACCGUACUCGCAUCCGGUAACUCGCAUCUGGUAAGUGAGCUCGCCACGAUGCUGACCCAAAGGAUUCCACUCGAUGUCUCAGCCAGCAGGAGACAACCCCACCAAUGCCCCCCCCCCCUACCGGAACGAUAGAUUCUCCGUGGCCAAAGGGUUACGAUGUGAGUGAAACUCUGGAGCCUGAUCUCCCACUGCCGGUGCCGUAAUCCCGCCCCAAAAAAAAAUUCCUUGGAGUUCUAGCAAAGGCUCGACAUGAUCACGUGCUCUUACCUAAUCACGAAAAAUUACCUCCAGCCAAUCACCCUCUGGCGCCCCACGCAAGCCCAACUUUCUUCCGGGUUUUUCCACCCUAGCCAUCACCAUCGAUCCAAUCUGCCAUCAUUCAAUCCCCCCUUUCCCCCCACCAAUUAACCAAUCAACCACGGACGGAGAAAAGAAACACACCGACGAUGCCACUCUUGUCCCUCUUCUCUGACAUCUACACGUCCCUGACGAUCUCCCCGGCGCACGCGGAGGCCCCGCCAACCGAAGAGCAGGAGGGAUCUUCCUCAGAUUCAAAACCGGAGGGGAACAAAUCCACUGAGCCAGAGCCUAAAGAAGAGAAACCGGAGCCCAAGGAAGAGGAGCCAGUGGAGGAAGACGCGGAGGCGGAGGAGGAAGAGCCGGUGGAUGCGUUACCAGCGAUAACUGAGGGUAUAUAUCUACACAUCUAAUAUGUGUAAUCCGGACCAGACGAGGGCGGGGAGGCUGAUUAAUACCAUUGAAUUGGAAAACAGAAUGCUCCGAGUCAAACGAAUGCAAGCCAGCAAAGCAUCAUUACGACGAGUGCGUUGAACGGGUUACCGCUGCGGUGGAGAGCGAAGCGAAGGGGCCGACGGAGGAUUGUGUCGAGGAAUGUAUGUUCUUGCUUUCUUGCCCUAUCCUUUUUCUCUCGGAUGGAGCGGCUAAUCGGGAUACUAUAUAGUCUUCCACUUGAUGCAUUGCUCCGCUCAAUGUGCUGCUCCCAAGAUCUGGGCGAAACUGAAGUAGGCCGGUCUGUCAAAAACCUACUUCGAAAAAAUUCCUUUUUACGAACGGGAAGGAAAAGAAACCCUAACUUGCAAUCGGAACUGGGAUCGAAUAAUUGGCGGAUGUGUGAAUGGAUGAAGACAGCAUACAAAAAAAACCAACCUUGUACGUAGACGGCGGGGGACAGUAGGAGAGAGAGGUCGUGGUCUGCCUGCUACCAUACCCUCGAGCGGUGCCGGUAUCCCAAACACCAACCAAACCGCCCGGCCAAGUGCGUGUGUGCGAUUUGUUUCAUUUAUUGAUAGAAGCAGGAGAAAUGAUACCGUGUAAGACAAAACAAAGCACACUGUAAAUCCAAUUCAUAUUCAGUAGUACCAGUAUUUUCACAAUACUCGAGCGCAGUGCUUAUAAAAACAUUAUCGUGCUCGGGCACCAGUACUUUUUCGCACCCCAAUCCAAACCAAUCUAAUCUAAAACGGCACUGAGGGUUAAAAUAAAAAUAAAAAAGUGGAAAAAAAAGUAGGGUGAGUGCGGCUCCCAAA